AUGACGUUUGCUUACAUUACUUGUCAUGAAUGUGGAGAACUAGUUAGCUUUAGAGAAUAUGGCAGUUAUUGCCCAUCUCAUAGACUAGAUGCAAAUGGGUGUUGCAGAAAUCAUUGUUUGAUUGAUGAAGAGGGAGGGCAUUGUAUUCAUUGUACCCCCAAUCAAUCAUCAAUCCACUGCGGAUUUUGUGGACGUGCCAGUUUAGAAACAAUUUGUGAAGCCUGCAAUGAGAGUGAGGCCUCCUAUGAUGAUAUCCCUGAUUUAAUUGAGGAGGAUGACUCAGUGGAGCAACAAGUUGAAAAUUUUCAUGGAUUCUACCAGUUUAUUGCUCCUACAAGAGAAGAGCAAAUGGAAAGGCUAUCAACACUUAACAUUCAGCUUUGUGAGGAAUGCCAGAUGCCUUGUGAAAAUAUUCGGUGCAAGGAUUGUCAGAUUUAA